AUGACCGACUUCAAAGUAGUUACUUCAGAUUUUCUGAACCUUCAAAUAUCUACCUCAAAAAAUGAUAUAUCCUUCAAUGAAAAACGAUUUCCUAAAGAUUUGAUAAUAUCAGAUUUGAAGGUCAAAUUGGAGAUGAUUACUGGAGGUAGCUGCAGCACAAUGAAAAUACAAGCAUUCAACAAAAAUGACCAGUUAAUAUGUGAUUUAGACAAAGAUGAAACUCUUCUAGGAUCAUAUCCACUGGAAGAUGGCAUGAGGCUACAUGUCAUUGAUCAGUUCCAACUCAGAAGCGAUCUUGAUUUAUCAAAUGUACCCAAAUAUGAAAUAACAGAUGAUGAAUACAGUAAAAAAUCUGAUUCUGUUAGAUCAUUCUUACAAAAAAAUAAAUUGGGAAAGUACAAUGAACAGUUUGAACAGAAAAAAGAAAUGCUAGAGGCAGAAGAAAAAAAACUAGCAGAACAAACACAUGUAGGAUCAAGGUGUAAAGUAACUGUUCAAAAUGCUCCAGAUAGGCUAGGAAAGGUCAUGUAUUCUGGCCCCAUCCAAGGACUCCCUGGUUAUUGGAUAGGAGUCAAAUAUGAUGAACCUUUAGGCAAGAAUGAUGGAACGUGCAAAGGAAAAAGGUACUUUGAAUGCCCUGAUAAGUAUGGGGCCUUUGUGAAGCCUGUCAACGUUCUGUGUGGUGAUUUUCCUGAAGAAGAUUAUGAUUUGAAUGAGGAAUUUUGA